UCGUUUACAGCGCACCGAUGUGCAAGUGGCCAACGCUUGCUGCGAUUUCACGAGUUGUUUUUCAAAUAAAGUUCGUAGCACAAGUAUUUCUUCAAAGUGUUUGAGCAGCAUAUAGCUUUCAGUUGGGCGCAGUCCAACGAGCGUGUAACGACGACGACUUAGAAUAAAGAGAAACGUGUAAAAAAGCUAAAAAAAUUAAAAAAAAAACUCCAAGCUAUUGAACAACAGUUAACACGUUUUUGCGGCUCAAUAUAUCCUUAUUGUUUAUUUUAGUUAAUUUUCUUUCGACCACAAUUUGAAAUUGCGGCGUUUUGCAACGUGCUAGUAAGCGAUAAGUGUGUUUUGGUAUGUUAAAAAUUAGCAUUUCUACAGAUUUUCGUGUGUCUACAGUGUGCUAAAACGAAACAAAAUAUCUACAUAAGUGAAAAAAUAAAUAAAAAAAUAUUGGUGUAAAUUAAUUUGAAAUAUUCGAACGGCAAAUACCGACAUAGUUUAACUUAAAAUUAGUAAUACAUAUAUACAGCAACUGAUAAUUUGGUUUUUAUUGCAUUUGUUGUAUUAACGCUGGCGAAAGAUGAACUUCUUUGUGAUCGGAUUUCUAAUAAUGCAGGCGGCAAGAUUGGCUUGCGGGACAUGCGUUUUUGAAUCUGAAUUUGGUUUCAUACUCAAUUGUAACUUCAAAAAGUCUGGACUAUUUCGUGUAAGGAAUUUGGGCGGCCUAAAAGCACAUUUUGGUUUAGGUUUCAGUUUAGGCGAUGAAUUAGGCUUCGCUGAAUCGCUCGGCAAUGUUGAGGGUGAACCGGAGCGACGACGCGCCAUUAGCUAUAAAAAUGGGCCGCCACCAAGCGCUGCAGGUGUAAUGCCUGCUACACAACAGCCGCCAGUACAGCAUCCCAUACCCGAGAAGCGCAUUGGCGCGCGUGCCUCUGCUAAUUACAACGUCGCUUACAGAGAAAAUCUUAAACGUCAGAUAGCGCCUACACAACUAAUGACAGAAGCAAGGCCUUUACCGUUAGGUGUACCAGCAUUCCGACCCAUACCGAAAACAGCAACUGUGCCCAUAGCGCAAAUUGCACAACGACGUACGAAUAUCGCAGUGGACUCACCAAAUCCCCGAGUACGUCACAACAACAAGUUGGUGGAGAGUUACUCCGAUCCAAUAACUUCCAAUCGUACUUUCCACGUCGCGAAUCCUUCUGUCUCGCAACCGCUUGCUGUACCCGCCUUCCAGGCAAUGCCUAAUUCGGUCGCACGUCUCGCUGCCGUUACAAAGUCCCUCACCAACGCAGAGGAACGGAUUAUGCAUGGACACCCAAAUUAUUUGCAGUUCGAAGAACCGAAGUUCGAUUUGAAGGAUGUGACGGUAGAGGAACUAGCUUCGGCGGCCAAUGUCAGCGUGGACACAAUCAAGCAUGCAAUUUACGUACGCGAACAACAAAUGAAAGCCGAGCACCGUGCUAUGUUGGCGGCCAAGUUGCGUCAAGAAUUUGUACGUACCUCGACGACAGCACGUACCACGACAACGACAACGCCAGCACCGUUAGCAGUACCAGCGAUGAAAGCACCGGUGAUGAAUUGGGCGCAACCGCAGAACGAACUUGAGAAUGUGGCUUUCGAGAGUAAGAUGUCGAAGGUCAUGAAUGCACCACGCGAAUACUAUCCAGUUGGUUAUGACAAGAACUUCGAUGAUAACUUUAAAUCAAAAGUUGAUCUGCCGCCGACGAGUUUCUCAUGCGGUAAACAGAAGCAUUUCCCAGGACUGUAUGCCGAUACGGAUCUUGGUUGCAUGGUGUUCCAUGUUUGUGCGCUCACCGAUGAUGGGCUCGUACGCAAAUCAUUUCUCUGUCCAGAGAGCACACUCUUCGAUCAAACAAUCUUGAAAUGCAACUGGUGGUUUUAUGUGGACUGCAGUGCCAGCAAAAGUGUCUAUGAUUCCAAUAUACCGAUCUCUAAAAGUUAUCAGCUCAUGAAAUCGCUCACUUACUUCUCCAAAUACAGCCAAAAUACUGACAAUGAAAGCGGUAAUGGCGGUUUGGACAUACAAACACUCAAAGAUUCCAUGGCUGAGGAAGAGAAUGUUAGAGCAGGACGCGUGGACAGCGAUGAUAUACAUGUGUCGAACAAAGCGCGCAGUUUUGCUAUACAAGUUGAAGAUACAACCACUACAGCGGCGGAGAAAGCGCAAAGCGAUGCUAUAAGCCCUACUUUGGAGACACGUAGGGUCGAAUUAAACAACGAAAUAACAACGAUGACAAGUGACUUGCCAGAGAUCACCACCGCAGUGGAUGUAAUCACACCGCAACCUGUUUACGAUCAUCUGGCUGAGCUGAAGGCGAAGUUGGACAGCAUCAAGGCGGCAAAUAGUCAGACUACAACACAAGAAACGAAUGAAGCUUGAUUUUGGGGGGGGUUGAGCGCUUGGUAGCGCUACGCAGGGAUUUAAAUUACUAAGUUAGCGGAAGUGGCGUUACGAAACGAAGCCUGUUCGAGUUGGUGGUGCAACGGUUGCAUUAUAUGAAGUCGAGUUAAAGGAAGCCGCCAAGUGUGAGUUUCUCAACACUAUUUGUAGGUCGUUAAGUAAAUAUGUCAUUCCUAAAUAGUCAUUGUGCACAUUCGAGAAAUUGAGAGAAAAAUAUACAAAUAAUUGAAAUCAAAUUGUGGGGUAUGAUUGUUGCACCAGCUUAAUGUUAAGUUAUCAGCAUAGUUCAAUCCGUAAUAUAAGUCACACAACAAUAUAAGAAAAAAAUAAAAAAUCUGUAUGUGUGGGAGAUUUUGGAUAUAUAAUACAUUUGUACAAAUGUACAACUACAUGUAAUGUAACUUAUUUAUUAUUUUUGUUUUUGUUUUUUAAUAAAAAUAUAUAUAACAAA